AUGACCUGCUGUCUACAGACGGAACAUUGUACAUGCUGUGUGAGGCAUUUGACUAUCAUAUUCAUAAUGAAUAGUUAUGGGGUGGUCGCAGUACAAGUUACCCCCAGAUGUCUUUCCGAUAGAUUGACUGGGGUGCAAAGGGCAACGUUCUUCGUCGUCGCCCAGCGUUACGUGACGUCAGCCUUCCGAAACUGAGUUCUGAGAAACUGCUGUGCUCAGUUUCGUACCCACCAGACGAACUUGAUACAGAACAAGACGGGCUGUAUUUAAUUCUCAGUCUUGCCAACAAUCUUGGCGACACAAUGGCGAGUAAAAUGCAGAGAUCUGCCGAGUUUGACGAGCAGUUCCUGACGUGCGCGAUCUGCAUGCUGCACUUCCGGGACCCCAAAAUCCUGCCGUGUCUGCACAGCUUUUGUAAAGAAUGUCUCCAGCUUUGGGCCACCAAACAACAGCCGCUGGAGUGUCCAACCUGCCGCAAACCGGUCAGUCUACCAGACCAAGGUGUGGACGGACUGAAGAGCAACUUCUACGUCAGCAACCUGCUGGACUUCGCGGCCGUGAAGAAAGGGGCGGGGCCAGGUGUGCCGUGCCAGGUGUGCGAGGGGAAGGAGGGAGGGGCGCGGUCAUGGUGCGUGCAGUGCGCCGUUCUGCUUUGUGAGUCCUGUACAAACACACAUCGCAGGUUUCCUGCCAUGAAGGGGCACCAGAUCGUGUCACAAGAGAACCUGGAGGCCUCUGAAGAUGUGCCCAGCGGCUUCCAGCGCAAAGUCUUCUGCCCGAAGCACGAAGACCAAGUCUUGACUUUCUACUGUGAACCUUGCCAGACUUUGGUCUGUGUCGCCUGUACGGUUGUCGACCAUCGGCCGGGUGAACAGCACAAUCCCGUAGAAAUCGGCAGCGUCGCCGAGAGGAAGAAACGAGACUUACAAGAACUGUUAGAAAAAGUCGAGCCUCGAGAAAAAGUCGUGCGGGCUGCGCUGGGUGACGUCGAGACAGAAAUAUCAGAGUUACCAACAUCGGCAGACGCAGCGAUCAAAGAAGCCACCGAAUAUUUUGAUCAGCUGAUGGCCUUGCUUCAAGACAGGAAAGAAGAGGUCGUCGAAGAAAUCGGCUUACGUCGCCAGGAAGUCGGAAAAUGUCUGGAAGAGCAGAAAGAAGAGAUGGAGUUUGAGUUGGCCGGACUGACGAGCGCGUCAGAGUUCUGUAAACAAGCUUUGGAACACGGCAGCGACGUGCACGUCAUCGAGGUCGAGGGUCAAGCACGACAGAGGGUGGAAGAGCUGCUGACAACUCCAGCCGACCUGACAGCCCGACCGAGUCUCGUCGUGUUCUCGGAGGGGACGGCUGUGGCGGAGUUCAGAGAUGCUGUGGCCAAGGCAGGGCGCGUACAAGCCAGCGUAAGGGUAGACGCAUCUAAAUGCUCAGUGGAAGUAAAACCUGCCGUUGUAAAGUGUACAAACGUCUCUCUCCUUACCAUAAAGGACAAAAACGGACAACUUUUUUCUGUGCCCAAAGAUGACGUCACAGCCACGCUGACGCACCCCUGGGGCCUGCCGGUACCCACACAGGUGCAGGAGAAGGGCAGGGGAUUGUGGGAAAUCUCCUACACACCUGAACUCACUAGAAACCAUGGGUUAGAUGUCAAGGUUAAGGGUCAGUCUGUGGCGGGAAGUCCGUAUGACGUCAGGGUGCAAAGCAGCCACACCCCAGUCUUAACUAUUGGAAGAGAAGGCAGUGGGGAGGGUGAACUUUCCGCCCCUGUGGAUGUAGCAGUGGACAAGGACGGUAACAUUGCAGUGUUGGAGAACGGGAACAAACGGGUUCAGGUAUUCGAUCCCAAGACUGGCCAGUCGCUUCGGUGUUUCCCUGUGGAUGGUGAGAACCAAUGGGGGAUUGACAUUGACUCCGACGGACAGUUUAUUGUGACGUCGCGAAACCAAUUGUUCAGCACUGCCACUGACAAACAAGCCAUCGAUGUGUACUCGCGAGAAGGGGAGCUUACAAAGACCCUGAUACCGGACUGUCUACGAAAUCCGCGCGGAGUUGCAGUUCUGAAGGACGGCCGCAUGGUGGUGGCAGACGACACUCAGAAGUCGUGUCUCCUCCUGCAGCCUGACGGGAGCCUCAUCCGGGAGAUCGGCAAGGGGCAGUUACAGGGCCCAUGGUUCAUAGCGGUGAACGAAUCACGUGAUAUGUUCUUUGUCACUGAUUUCACAGCUCAUAAAGUGUUCGUGUUUGACCUUGAGGGGAACCUGAAGGUCAGCUUUGGUACAGAAGGGGAGAAUGAGGGAGAAUUGCAAAGCCCAACCGGGAUAACAUUCGACCCUGCAGGUAACAUCAUUGUGGUGGACACUUUGACCCGCCGUCUGCAGGUGUUCCGACCUGACGGGACGUACCUGAGAAAUGUGGCCAUUGUAAGAGGGAGAGAACCAGCAGGAAUCUCGCUGACCCCAGAUGGCCACAUCGCUGUAGUGUGUAUGGAGGGACAUUGUAUCUUGUUGUACACGUACAAGUAGCAUAAAGCACCCCUGGUGAUAAACAAUUUGUGAAAUGUUAGAGACUGUCCAGUUUUCAUACCAAAGGGACACCACAGGAACUGAACUUCAGAAAAUAUCAAUAUUAAGACAAUGCAACUUUAACAAAAGAGAAACAUUCACAAUACAAUAGUGUUCCCAGGACAAUAGAGAGUUACCAUCAAACAAAAUAGUCAAAAGAUAUUUUUUACGGAUCUUUUUGUCUUGUUAUUUGCAGUUAGACCUAUGCAUGUAUAAUUAGGGCAAGAACUUGCAACAAACCUAUCAUCAUUAAUCCAGUCAUACUAAGGGCUCAGCUAGAAGCGUGCAAAGCUGUGUAUUAUUAGAUUUAG